GCGGCUACAAUCACUUCCUGUAGCAGAGAGCAAUGAUGGCGGUCACAAGCUUACGGCUUCUUUUGAUAGCAAGUCGAUAAAUAGAGGCUAUUUACCGGCUUUUUCAUGGAGGCGAAGAAAUCUUGCCUUCCAGUGAAAGCGGGACACAUUUAAUUUAUUGAUAUUCGUUCAAGUCUAUAGUACCAGAGCCUCCUGACUCGUGUUUUCGCUUUCAGACGCUUUAUCUCGGCUUGUUAUUUUAAAAUGGCUCCGGUGCAGAUUGGCGCUGAUGGCCAACUGGUCCCAGCCGGGGGUCCGACUACAGCACCACAACCACCUCCCCCGGGUGCACCGGCGACUCAAGGUGUUCGACUUAGCCUUCUCAUCGAAUUCCUUUUGCAGAGGACCUACCAUGAAAUCAACCUAUUGGCUGAGCUUUUGCCCAGAAAAACAGACAUGGAAAGGAAAAUUGAGAUUGUACAAUUUGCAAGUCGCACCCGACAAUUGUUCGUCAGGCUUCUUGCUUUAGUAAAAUGGGCAAGCAAUGCAGGGAAGGUGGAGAAAUGUGCGAUGAUCUCCAGCUUCCUGGAUCAGCAGGCCUUUCUGUUCGUAGACACGGCAGAUCGCCUGGCAUCGUUGGCACGGGAUGCCCUGGUGCAUGCCCGCUUACCAAGCUUUGCCAUACCCUUCGCCAUUGAUGUGCUGACCACUGGCUCCUACCCACGUCUGCCCACUUGCAUCAGGGACAAGAUCAUUCCACCAGACCCCAUCACUAAGGUGGAGAAGCAGACCACCCUGAACCAGCUCAACCAGAUACUGCGGCAUCGGCUGGUCACCACUGACCUGCCCCCUCAGCUAGCCAACCUCACCGUUGCCAAUGGGCGCGUGAAGUUCCGCGUGGAGGGGGAGUUUGAGGCCACGCUGACGGUGAUGGGAGACGACCCUGACAUUCCCUGGAGGCUCCUCAAGCUGGAGAUCCUGGUGGAGGACAAGGAGACUGGAGAUGGCAAGAACCUUGUGCACAGCUUGCAGGUGAACUACAUCCAUGAGCUGGUGCAGUCACGUCUGUUCGCCGAUGACAAGCCUCUACAGGACAUGUACAACUGCUUACACUCGUUCUGCUUGUCGCUGCAGCUGGAGGUGCUCCACUCCCAGACACUCAUGCUGGUGCGAGAGCGCUGGGGAGACCUGGUGCAGGUGGAACGCUACAUGCCCGCCAAGUACCUCAUCCUCUCCGUCUGGAACCAACAGAUUCUGGGCAGAAAGACGGGCACUGCUUCGGUGCACAAGGUCCACAUUAAGAUCGACGAGAGUGACGGAUCGAAGCCAUUACAGAUAUCCCAUGAGCCCCCUCUGCCCGCCUGCGACUCCAAAUUAAUGGAGAGAGCCAUGAAGAUUGAUCACCUCUCAGUGGAGAAGCUUUUGAUUGACAGUGUUCACGCGCGCUCUCAUCAGAAGCUCCAGGAGCUGAAAGCCAUACUGAAGGGAAAUAACCCCAGUGACAACUCGUUCAUCGAGACGGCCCUGCCCACGCUCAUCAUCCCUAUUCUGGAGCCCUGCGGGCGAUCAGAGUGUCUCCACAUAUUUGUUGAUUUGCACUCCGGAAUGUUCCAGCCAAUGCUCUACGGACUUGAUCAGUCCAUGCUGGAUGAUAUCGAGAAGACCAUCAAUGAUGACAUGAAGCGCAUCCUCACUUGGCUUCAGCAGCUCAAGUUCUGGUUGGGGGAGCAGCGGUGUAAGCAGUCUGUGAAGCACCUCCCCACCCUGUGCUCAGACACACUCCACUUGUCAAACGCCGCCAAUCAUCCAGCAGGCAGCCUAUCGAAACACAAGCUCUUUAUCAAGAUGACCCGCCUUCCUCAGUAUUACAUAGUGGUGGAGAUGUUCGACGUGCCCGGCUGCCCCACAGAGUUAGAGUAUAAGUAUUACUUCCUGUCCGUGGGCCAGGAGGACAGCGGUGAGGAUGGACUGCCCUGUGCCCAGCUGCUGCAGCAGUUCAAGCCCAACCUGGAGGAGCUGGCUCAGGACCUCUCGUCCAGCAGAGCACUGCGGCCAGGCACCAAGCGGAAAUUGUCGGGGGAGCAGGGAGCUAUCGAGCCCAAGAAGCCCAAGCGCUCGGGGGAGAUGUGCGCCUUCAACAAGGAGCUGGCCCAUCUGGUGGCCAUGUGUGACACCAACAUGCCGCUUAUCGGCCUGCGCUGCGAGCUGACCAACAUGGAGGUUCCUCAUCAGGGCGUUCAGGUAGAAGGAGACGGCUGCAGUCAUGCCAUCCGCAUCCUCAAGGUUCCUCCCAGCAAAGGAGUGUGUGAGGAGACCCGGAAGGCUCUAGAACGUUCUCUGCUGGACUGCACCUUCAGGCUGCAGGGCCGCAACAACCGCACCUGGGUGGCCGAGCUCGUCUUCUCCAACUGCCCCCUGACCAGCACCUCCAUCAAAGAGCAGACGUCAACACGACAUGUCUACCUGACCUAUGAGAACCCACUGUCGGAGCCAGUGGGGGGGCGCAAGGUCGUGGAGAUGUUCCUGAAUGACUGGAACAGCAUCAGCCAGCUCUAUGAGUGUGUGCUGGAGUUUUCCCGCUGCCUGUCAGAAAUGCCCUCCUACCUAAGUCUGUUCUCAGAGAUCCGGCUGUACAACUACCGUAAGCUGGUCCUAUGCUACGGAAACACCAAAGGAAGUUCGGUGACGAUCCAGUGGAACUCGGGGACCCAGCGGUUCCACCUGUCCCUGGGCACCGUAGGGCCCAACUCGGGCUGCAGCAACUGCCACAACAUCAUCCUGCACCAGCUGCAGGAGAUGUUCAACAAGACGCCCAACGUGGUGCAGCUCAUGCAGGUGCUGUUUGACACGCAGGGUCCGCUGAACGCCAUUAACAAGCUGCCCACGGUGCCCAUGCUGGGCCUGACGCAGCGCACCAACACGGCCUACCAGUGCUUCUCCAUCCUGCCCCAGUCGCCCACCCACAUCCGCCUGGCCUUCCGCAACAUGUACUGCAUCGACAUCUACUGCCGCAGCCGCGGGGUGGUGGCCAUCCGCGACGGAGCCUACAGCCUCUUCGACAACACCAAGAUCGUCGAGGGCUUCUACCCGGCACCAGGGCUGAAGACAUUCCUAAACAUGUUUGUGGACAGCAACCAGGAUGCUCGCCGUCGCUCGGUCAACGAGGACGACAACCCGCCGUCGCCGGGUGUGGACAUGGACUCCUUCAUGGGCCACAUCCAGCCGCAACAGCCAAUCAAAGGCCAGGGGGGCGGAGUCUACCCGCCCCUUAUGUCUCCUCCCAACGUGUACCAUAGCAACGUGACACCCUCUCCCUCCAUGAUACCUACUCAGUCACCUGGGACCAUCCACGCGGCCAACUCCCCUAGUGGCGGCCUACCCUUGCGGGCCCCUUCCCCGUUCGGGCCCACCCCAUCGCCCUCCUCUCUGGGCAUUACCAUUGGCCAGACCUCCAACUUUGCCAGCCCACAUGGAACUCUGGAUCCCAGCUCGCCCUACGCCAUGGUGUCGCCCAGCCAGCGCGUGGGCACCUGGCCCGGCUCCCCACAGGUUUCGGGGCCGUCUCCCGGCGCCCGCAUCCCCGGCAUGUCGCCUGGCAACCCUUCGCUCCACUCUCCCAUUCCAGACGCGUCCCACUCACCUCGUGCUGGCACAAGCUCCCAGGCGAUGCCGAGCAGCAUGCCCCCGCCGCGUAAGCUGCCCCAGCGCUCAUGGGCAGCCUCCAUCCCCACCAUCCUUACCCACAGUGCCUUGCACAUGCUGCUUCUGCCCUCGCCCACGCCGUGCCAGGUGCCCGGGCUGGCGGCGGGCAGCUACCUCUGCUCGCCACUCGAGCGCUUCCUCGGCUCCGUCAUCAUGCGCCGGCACCUGCAGAGGAUCAUUCAGCUGGAGCCAGCGCUGAACAUCGUGAACUCAAACGAGCCGGGCGUGAUCAUGUUCAAGACGGAAGUGCUGAAGUGCCGGGUGGCGCUGAACCCCAAGUCCUACCAGGCGCUGCAGCUGAAGGUCACCCCGGAGAACGCCGGGCCCUGGAGCCAGGAGGAGCUACAGAUCCUCGAGAAGUUCUUCGAGACCAGGGUUGCCGGUCCUCCUUUUAAGUACAACACCCUGAAUGCCUUUACCAAACUGCUGGGUGCGCCAACCAACAUCCUCAGAGACUGUGUCCGCAUCAUGAAACUGGAACUGUUCCCUGACCAGGGCUCCCAGCUCAAGUGGAACGUGCAGUUCUGCCUGACCAUCCCGCCCAGUGCCCCGCCUAUCGCCCCCCCAGGAACCAUCGCCGUGGUGCUCAAGUCCAAGAUGCUCUUCUUCCUCCAGCUGACCCAGAGGCUGCCGGUGCCGGCGGAGCCCAUCAGCAUCAUCGUGCCCAUCGUGUACGACAUGGCCACGGGGCUCACGCAGCAGGCCGACAUCCCGCGCCAGCAGACCUCCUCUGGCGCCGCCGCCCUGAUGGUCAGCAACAUCCUCAGGAGAUUCAGCGAGCACCACCCGGCCAGGGCAGGCGAAUGCACAAUAUUUGCUGCCGUGCAUGAACUCAUGGCCAAUCUCACGCUGUCCCCUACUGGUCGUCCGUAGAACAGCACCCUCCCAAAACAGGACCGGAGGCUUCCCCACUCUGGCGCAUUAUAUAGCAGGGCAAAGAAACAGUGGAUGUGGCUGUGGCUGCAGCUGCAAAACAGGGACCCUCCUGGUGGUCAGGGAUGUCCCACCUCACAGCUGCAGCCCAAGAACUGAACACUGAAGUACAAAACUGUCCAAAAAAGGGAGUGGAUCAUGGCGAUGAUGGUGUUGAUGGAAGACUAUUUCCUAUCUCUGUGGAUUACAAAUAAAUGAAAUGAAAUGAAGGAACACCUGCAGGAUUGCUGAAGAAGCGGGUAGAGGAAUGGAAACGGAAAAGAAAUCGAUUUAUUUUUCAUUUCAUAUGCACUUCUCAAAUAAACAAAAGUCACAAAAAAGGUUUGUUUACUCAGAGCUGUACAUUGUUUUAUACUCCUGCCUUUAAAAGAAAGUGUUGGACUUUUGCAAGAAACUUUAUCCAAAUCCUUUUGUUUUAUAAUACAAAAUAUUCAAUACUUUUUGUGGUAUUGGGGCUGUGUUCUUUAGUACACUAUUUAAAUGUCUCUCUCUUCCUUUUUAUGUCUCAAUUUGGACUUUUCAGUUAAGCCUAUCACUUUAAAUACUGUAAAACUGUGAUAAACCUUUCUAAGUAAGCUGUAUUUUAUUACGACUGCUUUGAAGUGCGAUCAGAGGCCACUUGUCUGUCAUAAUGUCUGCCUAUUUAAUAAAUCUAUGGAAAACAAACAACA